UUCAUCGGUCCCAAAGCGGUAUGGUUGUAGAUCUGUACCCAGGAUUUAGAUCCGAUGGUGUUUUCGCGCAUGGCAAUUCUGCAAAUUCAGGUCUGCGAACGAAAAGCGCUCCGACUAAAAAGCAGGAUCAUGCUCUUCGAUCUGAAGCGAGCACAACAAACUAUCGAUCCUGAUUUUAAUUACUAAGGCUAAGUAAAGAUCCCGAUCCGACGUCGAACGAGACGCAGUCGUUUCAUAUCUGUGUGAUAUGAGGAGUCUAGCUCGUCUCCUAUCUCGAAAGAGGAGACUAAAUUUCCACACGAAGGUUCGGAAUUCUGCAGAGGGACAAAAUGAAGAUCUCCUGUAGUUCGGGCAGAUGCAGUAGAAUUUAAAGAUCAUGUCCACAUCGCGACGUUUUCCCGCUUGAAGAUCUAGGAAAUUUAAAUUCUGCAGAUCCUGCUCUUUGAUGGUCAUCUUGUCAUUGCGCCAAAAAUUUAGAUUCUGACUACUACUACUUCUUUCUCUCACCUAUCCAACAGGGACCUGAUUCAGGGGUAUAUCAGUACUAUACAGUAGGUACACAGAAGUAACAGUCACAAAAACACCACAUCAAGAUGGCGACCUCUUCUAUCAAGCAGAAGAUCGUGAAGAAGCGCACGAAGACCUUUCGUCGCUUCCAGCAGGCCUCCCUGAACAAGACCAAGGGCAACUACUUCAUCCGCAUGCGCACGGGAUGGCGCAAGCCGAAGGGUAUCGAUAACCGCGCCCGCCGAAAGUUCCGUGGAACGACGAUUAUGCCCAAGAUCGGGUAUGGGUCGGCCAAAAAGACCAAGCACAUGCUGCCGAAUGGAUUCUACAAAUUCAAGGUACAUAAAGAAUUUCACUUCAACUAUAGGCUUCUAACCUGAUUCAGAUGCUGCUUUUUACUGGACUGGCACACUGGCUGAUGAUCAUGGAUCUUCAGUGUGAGUAGAAAAUUCUUGUGCGUGAUGUGAGAGACAUAACUGAGCCAGCCUCGAGAUCACCUAACAACAAUAUUUACAUGGCUUGGUAAAACGGAAAAUGCAAUUCCGGCUCUCGUUGCGCUUGCAUGUUUCUGAGUGGUCUUCAUUUGUCCUUCUGACUCUGCAUGCAGAAAAUAUUGGUGCUUUCUAGGAGUGAACGUGCUUCAGACGCACAAGAAAGUCGUCUGCAGUGAUCAUGCUCGUAGACAACUGUUACGCAUAUUACAAACCUCUCCAAUCUCCAAUUCCCCACAGGUCCAGCAGACCUCCGACUUGGAUAUGUUGUUGAUGCACAACGGCAAAUUCGCCGUGGAGCUGGCCCACAACCUGUCUUCCCGCAAGCGCCGGGAGAUCGUCGAGAAGGCCGAGCAGAUGGGUCUCUACAUCACCAACAAGUUCUCCCGCGCCGUCGCGGAGGAGGCUUAAGAUGUGCUUCUGGAAGAAGCGGUGUAUCGAAAGUCGAUUGUUGAAUUGUGGAUGACUGGAUUUCUACACGAAAGGGAAAUUGAAACUGUUACAAGGACAACUCUGUAGUCGAAGUUAUACAUCAAAGAAUUUUAAAAUGCGCGCUUUCUUGAAUUGCGGUCUCGAGGAACAGAAAUCGCAACUGCAUUUGUAGCAGCAUGGAAAAGUAAAUUUAAUCUUUCGUAUUUCAGGAGAGAGACGCUUUGCUUUCUACUGCUUGCAGGCAGUUGUAGAGAGGUCCUCGAGCAACCACGAUGAUGCUGUGAUGUAGACUUGAUGACGGAGACGGACUGAAUCACAACUGCUAACUACUGUACUGUACCGGUGAACAAAAAAAAAGAAGAACGCUGCUAGCGUUUGUGGAGCUCCCUGCAUAAACCAAGUUGUUUGUGCUAGUGCACAGUGAUGUUCUUGUGUCGGCAGAUUGGCAUUUCCUCGUCGUUCCGAAGUUUGCCUUUGCGCGUUGGUACCUG